AUGUUCAUCCUGACUACCAUCUCCGAUCUGAUUCAGAUCGCCCCCGAGGACUUUUCCAAGCUCAGUGCAGUUGCAAUUGAGGACAAUAUCAACGAGAAAUAUGCAAACAAGGUCAUCCAAAAGAUUGGACUCUGCGUCAGUUUCUAUGACCUCCUCGAGUCCUCAGACGGUCUGAUUGGACAUGGAACGGGUCUGGUCAAUGUGAAUGUGAAAUUCCGCAUGAUCGUCUUCCGACCCUUCAAGGGUGAGAUCAUGCUGGGCAAGAUCUCCAGCGGCACCGAGCACGGCAUCAAGAUCAGCGUCGAAUUCUUCAAUGAUAUCCUCAUCCCACCAUCCAUGCUGAUGGAUGGCGCUAAAUUCGAGUAUGCGGAUCAAGUAUGGACCUGGGACAACGAAGGCACCCUGUUCUACCUGGACGUGGGUGAGAUUGUCCGCUUCCGCGUGGAGACGGAAGAGUGGCAUGACCAGAUCCCCAAUGCGCCAGAUCUCGGUGAAGAGAUUGCCAGUGAGCGAAAGCCAGCAUAUUCCAUCUUUGGCUCCAUGCAGAUCCACGGUCUCGGACCUAUCACCUGGUGGUGA